UUAUUUAAGAUAAUUUCAUUAAAAGACGAUUUUUUAUGAGAAUAGUUGUUUUAUAAAAGCACUAAAUAAAUUCCAAAACCAAACAUCAAUCUCCAUCCAUAUUUCAUAUCCAUAUCCAUAUACAUAAAAGAUGUCCGGAAACAAUAGACACAACAGCAAUAAUAUAAUCUCUACCUAUACAAGUAUUGACAAAACCAGCUUAUUAAACCCCGAAAUUAAGGAAGAAAACAACCCAAUGUUCAGAAGAAGACCAGCUGAUGAUGAUGAUGAUGAAAAUGAUGUGUUAGAAGAAGGGCAAGGAGCCCAAAUAAGGCCCAAACCCAAAAGCCCAUCAUGGAAGGGAGAGAAUGCAAAGAGUGUUGUGUAUGGAGGGUUGGAUGCUAUUGUUACCUGCUUUUCACUUAUCUGUUCUAUCAUAGGUAGUGGUGAUAGAAUGACUUCUGUUGAUGUACUUGUUUUGGGUUUUGCUAAUCUUGUGGCUGAUGGUAUUUCCAUGGGCUUUGGUGAUUUUUUGAGUAGCUCUACUGAAAAAGAAAUGGCUUUCAAAGAAAGAGAUGUUACUCAAUGGGAAGUUGAUCAUCUUCCAGAUUCACAGAUUCGGAACUUGAUCCAACGAUAUCGAGAGCUUGGGAUGGAUCCUAAUGAUGCUACCACGGUGGUGGACAUAUUCUCAAAGUACAAAGACAUAAUGGUAGAAGAGAAAAUGAUGGGACAAAAGGGGUUAUUACCACCAGAUAAAGAAGACAAACCAUGGAAGAGUGGCUUAGUCACCUUCACUUCUUUCUUACUGUUUGGAUGUGCUCCACUUUUGUCCUUUAUCAUCCUCAUUCCUUUCACCGAUGAUGACAAAAUCAAAUUCUUGGGAGCAUGCAUCCUGUCAGUGUUGGCCCUGGCUCUUCUGGGCCUUGCUAAGGCAAAGAUCUCGGGUGGGAGUUAUGCUCUAUCGGCUCUUAUGACCAUUUCCAAUGGUGCCAUUGCUGCUGCUGUUGCUUAUGCUAUUGGAUGGAGUCUUAGGAAUGUAGCUGGGUUAGAGGAACCAUAAAACAUGCAAUUAUGUCAUAACUAAUUCAGCUGCAUAUUAAUUAUAAUUAUUCCACUUUGAUGUUCAUAAAAACACUUUUAACGAGUAUCAGCAACCAAUGAACUCAGAUCAUAGUUUGAUCAUAGUUUUUAUAAGCCAUUUACUGAUAUAAUGACAAACUAGCAACUUGGGAUGAACUCCUAUGAUCAUAGUUUUAGAAAUAUAUUAUUUUCUCAGCUUCAUUUCAAACGUUUGUCAAUAUACUAAUUUAAUACUUACUAACGAUAAUUGUAAUUAAUAAUUAUAAAAAUUAGAUAUCAAUAAAUCUUCUAUUAAAACGAAUUAAAUAAAAUUUCAAUUGAAUAUGUUUUAGUUCAAGAAAAUAUAAAUUAAGAGUGACUGAUGAAUAGUAAUUAAAUGGAAAUUUAAAAAGAAUCAGAGGAAAUAGUAUGAUAACAAAUCAGCAUCUGAGGAUGAACUCUAUGCUCAAUAGUUUUUAUAAGCGGCGGGAUAUUUAGAACUUGGAACCAACAAAGCUUUGUACAAUAUUAAA